GUGCGCCGCCGAGUGAGGCGCCAGCCCGUGGGUGCUGCCGGGGCGGCGGCGCGGAGGGGGCGCCCGCAGCUGGCGGCGGCGCGGGCCGUGCUCGGCUCGCGGCUGGGGGCGAAGGUGAGGACCCAAACGCGGAGGGCAGGGGCUGCUCGCGGCGGCGCCGGGCCGCGUUCCCCGACCGCGGUCGCCCUGCCACCCAGCCUUCGUCCCCGGCGGUGGGAGCUCCGGGGCACCAGGCGGCGGCGCGGCUAUUGGCGGCGGCCGGCUGGAUGCGAGACCUGCGCGGACCCCGCGGCAGACGGCGGCUCUCGAUUCGGGGAAGCCGAACGUGCUGGCCAUGGCCUCCAACUUUAACGACAUAGUCAAGCAGGGCUACGUGAAAAUCCGCAGCAGGAAGCUGGGGAUUUUCAGACGAUGCUGGUUGGUUUUCAAGAAGGCAUCUAGUAAAGGACCCAGAAGGCUAGAAAAAUUUCCAGAUGAAAAGGCAGCAUAUUUCAGAAACUUUCAUAAGGUAACUGAACUUCACAACAUCAAAAAUAUAACCAGACUGCCUCGAGAGACAAAGAAGCAUGCAGUGGCAAUUAUCUUUCAUGAUGAAACGUCAAAGACAUUUGCCUGUGAGUCAGAGCUGGAGGCUGAGGAGUGGUGCAAACAUCUCUGCAUGGAGUGUCUGGGGACCAGGCUGAAUGACAUCAGCCUUGGGGAGCCUGAUCUUCUGGCGGCAGGAGUGCAGCGGGAACAGAAUGAGCGAUUCAAUGUGUAUCUAAUGCCUACGCCAAAUCUGGACAUUUAUGGCGAAUGCACAAUGCAAAUCACUCAUGAGAAUAUCUAUCUUUGGGAUAUCCACAAUGCCAAAGUCAGACUGGUGAUGUGGCCACUCAGCUCUCUGAGGAGAUAUGGACGGGACUCAACAUGGUUUACCUUUGAAUCAGGAAGUACGUUUGAGAUACCUCAUGGACAUGCAAGUGGAAUUUCAGAAGGUGGUUGCAUACAUCAGGGGAGAGUCACCAGCAUAAUGUGUGACACAGGAGAAGGACUAUUCACUUUUCAAACAAGGGAAGGAGAAAUGAUCUAUCAGAAGGUCCAUUCUGCGACUCUGGCCAUAGCUGAGCAACAUGAAAGAUUAAUGCUAGAAAUGGAGCAGAAGGCCCGGCUUCAGACAAGCUUGACUGAACCAAUGACGUUAUCCAAAUCAAUAUCUCUUCCUCGAAGUGCAUACUGGCAUCACAUCACUCGGCAGAACAGCGUUGGAGAAAUCUACAGUUUGCAAGGUCACGGCUUCGGGACCUCGAAGAUGUCACGGGCACAGACGUUCCCCAGCUACACCUCUGAGCCGAGCGAGGAGACUCCACAAGCCUUGUCCCGCUCCAGUAGCUACGGCUUCAGCUACAGCUCCAGUCUCAUCCAGUGACGCCCGAAGAGCCGCCGAGACCAGAGAGACGCUGGCCGGGCCUGUCCGCGAGCCAUCGCGCCCUCUGCCUCCCGGAAGACCAACUGCAGCCCAAUUCAAAGGGCUGGGGUCUGGCCCCAUCCCUGGGGAAGGUUACAAACUGGAGUCCCGCCUCCUUGAUUCCGUGGCUAAGUCCUUUAUUUAUUGAGUUUCUGGGGGGGGGGGGGAGUCUGUGUUUUACAAAAAAAUAGAAUCCCAAUCGUCUGAACAAUCAUUUAAAUAAAAUUCUUUGGGUUUGACAGUAGCAGAAGCCUGGGCACCAUGAGAAGUGGCCCAUGCUGGACCAUCCCUGGGGGUGGGCAUCACCCCCGUCCUCCCCCCUGAGGAGGGGGUCUGUCUUUAGAUGUAAAAGGGACCCACCACAAGCUGUGCAGUGUGGAGGGUUUCCACUGGGAUGAGUCCAGUAAGCUCUACAAAUGGGAUCAUAACUCUACCUAUGAAUAAGCCCAGUGACAAUUAAGGGAACACGAAGUUAGAACACACUAUUAAGCAGGGCCUUGUAGCUCUACUCUGUGUGUGUCUAUGUGUGUGUGUGUGUGUGUCUGUCUGUCUGUCUGUCUGUAGACAAAUACAGAUACAGAUGCUGCUCUAUGCAGCCAUAUCUAACGAGUUAUCUAUCAACGUGUGCUGAGAGAUACAGGACAUGCUCACUUAAAUUGUUGAAAACUGUAAUUUGGUGCAUUAAAAUUAAGAUUGUUAUGCUGAAUAGCUCUUUUCAAAAUAAUGCUGUAAAAAAAAGUCUUUUUAUUAGCAAAGUAUGUAGUCACAUCUGCUCCUGGGACAAGUGUAGGUGACAGUGUGAGUAGGGGCACCACCUUGGAAGCAAAAGAACCAGUCUAGCUGUCCUGUCCUGCACCGCUCUGUCAUUCUAUUAGGUACCCCUUGUUGUUGAUGGUGUUUCUCCCUUUGGGCCCCUCUAAGCUCCACAGGGAAGAUUGGGUAUGACCCUCCCCUCAUCAGCUUCCACUUCCUCUCAAGGGAAAGAAGGGUUCUAAACGACAGUCUAUUUAAGGAGGAGAUAAAAUUACACUUUAAAAGAACUCAGCCAUUCUGCAGUCAUGAGAACCACAGGGACAGGAUUGUAGCUAUCACUUAAAGGGUCACAGAUGUUGUUCUCAGAGAGCCAUUGGGAGGUUGUCAUUGACUGUGUAACCAGAAUUUUCUGGGCUUUACUCUCCUUUUAUUGGAAACAAGUUUGCUGGAUUAAAAGAGAAAAUGGAUCCCCCCAAACUCUUUUUCAUCCCUGGGACUGAUGACAAGCCUACAAGCUUUAAAGGGAAGUGGUGAUUCCCAUAUGAACUGAGGAAGUUUGGCUAAUUCGGGUCAACAUAGAUAUUUUUGCCCUUAGUUUUGGAGUUCACUCAAGUAAGAAUAAAAGUCAUUCUGCUUGAAUUACCUAAUGCCACAUGCAUAAGAUGGUCAGCUCACAAAUACUCCAGGUGGAUUUAAAGAACAGCAUGCCCAGGUUAUGUAAGAUGAAAACCUGAUUUUUUUUUUCAAUAUCAAAUUUUUUUAAACUUUCAAAGUUCAUCUGUUGAAAGGGUGCCUAUUUUGGUGCUCUGUGAUAAGUUUUCUUUUCAUCCAUAUCCAUAGCUUGAAUGCAGAUUGGCAAUUUCUUGUAGAGAGUUACUACUCGAUAAAAAUGGUAUUUGGUCCCUCCUUGAUAAAUCUGUACUUACAGCAACUACCUAGACUCUCCAUACCUCUCAGAUAAGCAUGAAAACCCCAUCAAGAGGCUAAUCAUAAGAGUUAAUGUGGCUGUGAAAAAUAAUUAUCCUACGCUUUCCGGGAUAAAAGGAAAAUUACUCAAAGACUCUGCACCGUGAGUUUUGCUGACACAGCAGAAGAGCAGAUGACUGAUUCCUGACGAUGAUAUAGCUUUCCCUGAAAUCCCAGCUUUUCAGGGUUAAGUACCUCCGAAUUACUUUAGCACUUGGCAUUUGCUUUUGAAAUGCAGUUAGUAAAACAUGCCAGAGCAACUCCCAGCUGAGACUAUUUGAGCACAGCUCCUAGUGGCGUCGCGCUCAGAGCAAGCCUCUCGCGGCUCCCUCAGUUGAGCCAUUGCUUAGAGACCAUGAGUUUCUACAAGGGACUCAGGGGGAAAGCCCCUCAGGGGUCCUGGUUUAUGUCUCAGCUUUAUUCAUGUGCCAGAAGCACAGACAGUGAAUUUGAGGGGAUUCUGCUAAUUAGAUGGGUCUACUCUUGUGUCUGGUGGGAGACGCAAUACCUGCAUGAAGUAGUUUCAAGAACACCAUUUGCCUGUGAUCAUUUCCCGGGGUCCCAGAGAUUAGGUAUAACCUUGGGCCAGUUCAUUCAGAAAAUAAUGUCAUUAAAAGAGUCAGUGAGAGAGAGACAUUUCCUUCCCUCUUCUUUAACCCAAACUCAUCACUAUGAGAAUAAUGCUAUGAAAGAUUUCAUGGUACGUUUUUGGAGAUUUAUUCUAGUAUACUCCUCCAACGAUACUUAAAAUUAUAGUUAAGUCAAAAUUGCUAAAUGAACAGAUAGGAGAAUUUGUAUUAACCUAGUAUACUUGACGUAAGGCAGUGCACGUUGUAAUCAAAGUGACAAUUAGAUAAAUAUUCUACAAAAACCAAAGAUGAAACAUUUUUGAACCAGUCUCCUGAAACAUCAAAAAAUCAAUGCCAUUGGGGUACCUACAGUGGUCACAGGCAUGUAUUCAAGUCACUGGAGUUUGUAGGUUUGACUGAAGAUGCCACUACACUUUGCAAGCAUCUUUCUCUAUUUAGAAAGUGUGCUAUUCUUUAAUGUACAUGUGACUUUUUCAUUGUGAGGGAAGACUGCUAUGAACCAAAGACAUCUUUUGGCUCCUUCUUAAACUGACUCAGUUGGCUUUCCAUCCAGAUUUAGACAAGUGGAUGAAGAUGAUCACAGUUUCCAUAUCAAGUUGGAAGAAAGCAAUGGUGAAGGAACCCAGCACAGGUUAUAAAGGUUCUUCUGAGAGCAUAGAAAGCCUGAAGGACAUACACAUUUCGUGGAAAGAUCACCUGAAGGGAUUUCUUUUUUAUGUCUGCAAUUUUUUUCUUUUGAUAUUAUUAAUUGCUGUAUACAUGGCUAAGAGAUGACAUUAUGUUUAUAUAGAAAAGUCCAAAACAACUUUGACCCAAUUGUUUACUAUUCCGAUAGGGGGAAAAGAAAACACGUCUUUCACUUAUCAUGGAAUGGGUAAUAGGCACUAGGAAGUAAUUUAUUCAGGUUGCAAGUAUUUAUGAAUCAAUAGGUUUUGGCCACUGCCACAGUUUGAACUUAAUGAAAUAAGAAAUAUAUAUUUACUUAUAUAUUAGGGAAGAUGCUGUUUGAUAGAGCAUGUGAAAUAAAGUGAAACGUAUUUAUUAAAAGUAAAUGUCACCUUUUUCACCAAGUAGUAACUAGAGUACUAGUCCUGGUAUCUUGUACAAUUUUCCUCUGUCUUCAUUGGGCAAUUAUGUUUGAAAAUCAUUUAACACUUAUAAAAUGGUCAGCCACUUACACUUUCUGUCCCGUAUAGAAGCAGUGGACUGAUAAAUAACUUUGUCAGUAAUUUCUACAAAUCCAAUUUACUGCAUGUGAUAUCAUUAUAAUAGUUAUUAAAAACAUCAUGAAAAUUGAUGUCUGCCCCUCAUUCUUUGGCCAAUAUCUCAGAAAACUUUGUGAAAAAGCAUGAGUACCCUACACCCUAGAUUUUAUGAGCCACUUCCUAAAAUCAGCCAUUAAUGCUACAGUGCAAAUGAGCUAAGGACAUUAUACUCUUCUUUUAAAAAAGUAGUCCAGAUUUGAUUUUUAUACAACACAGCACAAUAAGUGGGCAGUGUUCUCUCAGUGGGGCUGAGCUUUAAGACUUUAAAACUUCGUGUUUUAUAACAAAUACUAUUCUAAAAACUUCUCAAAGUGAAAAUAAUACAUUUUCUCCAAAUCUGUCAUGUCUGUCAAUAGGUAGCAAUUUCAAAUUGCUUUAUUAAUCAUUAACUAUACUUUACAAUCCCCAGUCCUUGGCUUUCUCAAUAUAAAUAAAAAUUUGCCACUAUACCUGUUCUAAUGAUUAUAAUAAUAGGCAAUAUGCCACACAAAUGAACUCAUAGCCUAUGAAAUUUACAGAGUGCAAUUUCCCACGGAAUGGGUAGAACAGGACAGGGACGAGUCAAGAGGGCAACAGUUUGGCUAAAACUACAAAGACUCCAGUGCAGUGUCCAGUGUUACACUGGGAAUCUGCUGUCUUCACACUCUGACCUCAGUUCCAUGUCACAGAUGUGGCCUUCUUUACUAGUUUCACCUUGUACUAAGUAUGCAAUUGAAAGAAUAUAUUGGUUGUAUCGAGUUUUGAAGUUACCACAGAAAGACAACACAUACCAAGGAUGCUUCCCUCAGUUUAGUGAAAACUGUUAAACACAAAAGAAUGUAUCACAAAAUACCAGUGGUUAAAUGUCUCUUCAGUAACCUGAGGAUCAUUUUUGUACAGCCAACCUCAUUUGAGUUUCAGCAUGAAGACAUGUGAGCAGUGACACUGGCUGGGGGCUAAAUAAGUCAGAAGAGGCCAACAGCCUUACAUGUGCAUUCUCUCUAAAUGUAUGUGAAAGAUUCACUCAAUUUUUCUCUCAGAAACUACCACAAAUCCUUACUUUUUUACUUGAGAAUGUGAAUCUUUGUUGUAUCGUUUCUACAACUAUUACAACCAGGUGAGACAUGGGAUAGUUUACAGACUCUCAUGGACAUAUCCUGGGAUAUUGGACACAUUUUCUGGACAGACAGAAUGCUAGCUAGCUCUGGGAGCAAUCAUGUAGAAUAAAGUUUCCACUUUAUGUUCUGCUCAGGAGAAAAUCAAACCCAUGGGUAUUGUAAUUUAUUCAAAGGCAAAGAAAUGGUCAGGAAUAGUUUUGCCAAGUUCCAGGCUUCUGAUCAAGGAAUGUUUCCUUGGCUCCAUCUUGUCUCCCAGUUAGACAUAGUGAGAACUGAGAAGUGCCAUAUGGCCUCUAAAUAAAUAGGCCCUUGUACAGUUAAGUGUUUCUCCCAAUUUUUCAGAUGUUCCUAACGCUUCCUGAACUCAUCACCAAUAUGUUAAUAGAAAGACCUGAUGAGGCAAUUCAUUAGAAUGAUUAUAGGUCAUGAACGAUUAGGAUAAGUUUUAUUACUCUUAUACAGUCACCAAGUUUUUGUUGGAAAUUCAGCUUUAUUUAUACUAUAGUGAUAGUUGAACAACAAAAACAAAAAAUUAAGUAGACGUCUAUGUUUUGUAUUCCUACUGAUUCAUCGUAUUAUACUUGUGAUUAUUAUUGGGGGCUCUUUGUUAGUCUAUAGCACUUUCAUUUAAUUAUCUAUAGCAUUCGUCACAACUUUGUUAGAUAAUAACAUCUGGACUAACUUCUUGUCACAUGAACUCAGAAAGCUUCCGUUUUCAAUUGAAAUUUGGGGAAUGACUUUUUUUUUACAUUGAAAUUUCUUGCACAUCAAGUUUUUUCUUACAUACUUCAGUCAGCUAAUUAUUUAAAUUAACUUUAGAUAAAUAAUUUAAAAUUUCUAAAUAUUAUGAAAAUCACAUUUUACUUGUGAUUUUCAUUUUCAUACACUUUUCCCUAGUUGAAGAUUUUAACAUCUUGUAAACAUUUAAAGGAGAGGAAAAAUACAUUUUCAAUUGAAAUACAUUAACUUCCUUCUAAUGAUUCUGCUUACUGAGUUUUUAUUUUACCUUGUCUUCUAUGCCUGCUGCACUUGUCCAUAUUUUCUAGUUUUAAGAAGAAUGUAACUCAUUUAAAUUUUCUAAUAGUUAUUUUGGUAGGUUUAAUAGUUGAUACAAUUAACUUCAUCUGUCCGUUCCCCAAUUUUAGAAUGAUUUUAGGCUUAGGACAACAUGAAAUCCAUCCAUUUUGUAGACACAGAAUUGUGGGUAAAAUGGAGCAAGGUCUCCUUCCACACAACCCUAGAACUGUGUGAUGGCUGUCUUAACACUCAAGUCACUGACAGACUCAUUAGAAUUGCUUAUUUGCAGGAAUCAGAAAUUUAAACACCCAAAUUCAGGAAAGAGAAUAUUGAGAUGAUAAUAUAAAAAUUCAUUUAAAAAGUCACUGCAGGAUUCCUCUCAAAGAAAACAUUAUGAGAGGGUUUUAUGGUAUUUCAAUAUCAUUAACAAUUUGACAAGAUGCUGAAAGGCAGGGAAAAUGAAGAAUAAAAUGCCGGGAGUAUGUUGAUAUUAAAUUAUGAAACAUAAAUUAACAUGACGUAGGUCAGUAUGAAAUACUUCAAUUAGUCAAAUUAAGACUUACAUAUUUAUUAUGUAAUUCAAGGAAAAACACUUAUUCGUCUUUAAAAAUACCUAUAUAUAUAUAUAUAUCAAGGAGGGGAGUUGGGGGGGAAAUGGAGCUCCAUAUUUUUGUGAUGACCUAAAAUAGAGAAGAAAGAUUCUUUCCAAUAUAAGACACUCUCUGUUAUUUUAGUUACAGUAGGUAGUAUGCAAAUCACAGCAACAAAUCAGUUUACCCCCUGACAAUAAAUGAGCAUGAAAGCCAGUUUCAUCUUUACUAUAGAUGACAGGACCCUCCCAGCACCUGAAGAGGCCUCCGCUUACUCUCUCCACACAAGCCCUAACACACACACACACACACACACACACACACACACACUUUUGACUUUUUACUUAUUGUAUAUGUCACACUAUAAUUAUCUUUUUCUUAGGUUCACACACAAUUUUCCCAUCUUAUAAAAUCCUUACCCCAUUCAUCGUCCAAAUAUAUUAAGUUAUGUGCUAUAUGUUUGCUUUCUGUAAAUUCUUUUAAAUUAUUUUAUAUAUACUUUGUGAAGUCUUGUACUGCACAUUGUAAACAGAUGUCUUUGAUCACUGAUUAAGUUCAUUGUUUAAGAGAAUUUUGAUAAAAAUAGCUUUGAACAUUUGGCCCUUAUUAAGAAAUAAAAUAACCCACUGCAAAUUUGCUUAUAUUGGAAAAUGUAUGGCUUGACAUUCUUUAUUUUUAAUCACAAUCUAUUUCAGAUAAAUAAUAAUUUGGGGAUCUGUACCUAAAUACUAGUUGGGCCACCUUUGGGAAGGGAAUGCAAAGAAAUAACUGUCCCUGGAAACUAAAUGUGAAUUUCUGACAGAACAGAAAUAUUGUUAUAAUGAGGCAAUAAUAAAAUUAGGAAAUUAAAUUCUUUUAAAAUCUGUCCGUGUGAUUUUUCCCCUUGAUAAAAUACAUGAAAUGCACAGUUCAAGAAGUAUCUUCUUCUGAAUUCAUAGUUUCUUAUAUCUUAAUCCCGAAUAGAUAAAACUUAUUAAUGUGUUACUCGUAAGUCUAAGAAAUUUACAGAUGAUAUUGCUGUCAGGAGGAUAAAUUAUAGCUGUGCAAUAUUAAAAUUUCUCCCACCACUUAAAAAAAGGUAAAGCAGUUUUAAAAAAUAUUACUUUACACCACAACUUUGCAUGAUGGAGAUUUUGAACAUCUAAAUUGAUGGCUUUUACUUACAAGUUAUUUAAUAUUGUUAGCACUGUAAUAUCAUAUGAUUUCCUUACAUUUUUUGUUAUGUGAUAAACUGUAACUAUGUAAUUAAACAGAAUUCUGACAACCAUAUUCUGCUAAACUUUAAAAUGUCACUUAUUCCUUUACUUAUUGGCUUGCUAUUUUCAAAAUAAAGUAAAAGAAGGCCCUUUAUUAAACAUAAGAUUACUGAGAAUGUA